AUGACGGCUCUGGGUGAAGUUGGAAGCUUCUUGCACGGCAUUGAUGGUGUGGGGCACGUCGGGUCCCAUUAUCUCCUGACGUCUCUUCGAGAGAGUCCAGUGGUACUGCUGGGUCAGGGUGAACACCUCGUACCUGGUGCUGGGGAGAGGCUGUCCCGGAGCGCCACGGCAGAUUUAACUCAUUUAAAAGGGAUUAUCCGGAGAAGGCAGCUAUACUGUAGAACUGGAUUUCAUCUGGAAAUUCUUCCGGAUGGCACUGUACAAGGGACAAGAAAGGACCACAGUAGAUUCGGUAUUUUGGAAUUCAUAAGCCUUGCUGUUGGAUUGAUAAGUAUUCGAGGAGUGGACAGUGAUCUCUACCUGGGGAUGAAUGACAAUGGAGAGCUCUAUGGUUCUGAGAAACUUACUGCUGAGUGUGUCUUCAAGGAGCAGUUUGAGGAGAACUGGUACAACACAUACUCCUCCAACCUUUACAAGCACGGAGACAAAGGGACUCGCUACUUUGUGGCGUUAAACAAGGACGGCACGCCUCGGGACGGAACAAAGUCCAGGCGACACCAGAAGUUCACCCACUUCCUGCCCAGGCCCGUGGACCCUGAACGGGUUCCGGAGCUGUACAAGGAGAUUCUGGGCCACAGCUGAGACUGGCCUGCAGAUCAGGAAUAGCUGCUUAUUAAGCUCCAGUCCCUCCCGCUGUGGGAAGCAGGGAUGUGUGCAGGCCAGGCCAAGACAGUGGAGCCAACCAGCCCUACAGCAGCCCCAGCCAGCCAGCAAGUUAGGAGUAGCAUACACUCAGCGAGGAAGACAGUCUAGAAUGUAUGACAUUGUCAACCUACACACCAAGGCAUGAGUAGGCUGUAUGUUCCAGGGGUAAACUAACCCCCGAGAGUAGCUGUCUGUGGAAUAGGAGGGAACAGGAAGAGGAUCAGAGGAAGAGAUGCUGAUGCGGGAGGGAGGGCAGGAGGAUUGGUCACUCUUCUGUUUUAGGGUCAAUACACUUCAGGAAGUGUCUGUUGGACUGAGGAGCUCGUUGGAAUCAUAUAGAUACAACAUAGAGAUAGAACUGUUCUAUUAUCUAUUAUUGGAAUGGCCAAAUCUAUGGGAUUCUAUACUGUUCAAGAACAUUGCUUUUUAUUUGGGGGUGCUAUGAUGUUUUGGAAGGGCUCUGUUUAUUUAAGGACUUUGAAGGAACUCAACUGUAUUAUUCUCGUUUUACAUGUGACUAGAUAAUGCUGAAAGGGGCAG